GCGGGAGGGCUGGCGGGCAGCGGAGGUGCUGGAGGCGCGGAGGGAGGAGUGGUACCAGUCGUACGGCCCCUUCCUGUACAUCUCCGUACUUGCCGUACAUCCAGACUAUCAGGGCCGUGGUCUGGGUUCCCAGCUGCUCGCCCACCUGUGUCGUACAGCGGAUGCCGCGGGCCUAAGCGCCUACCUGGAGAGCACUUCGGAGGGCGGGAACCGGCUGUACGGCAGAUACGGCUUCGAGCUGCGGGAGACGUGGCGACCCCGGCCCGGUGCACCCGUGACUCACAUCCUGGUCCGCCCUCCGAAACCCGCCACUGCCCCACCGAGGCCCCCGAAUCCCCCGACAACCAUACACCCACGUCCCACACGCCCUUGUAAUGCCAGUAGUUGUGCCGUCGCCGCCGCCACCGCCGCCAUCGCCGAUGCAGUGGGCUUAAUCCGCAGGACGCAUGGGCGCCGCAUGGGCCGCUGUGCAUUGGUUGAUUGCGCGGGAAGGUCUGCCGUAUACUGGCUUGUGUGCAGGCGCGUUGAGGCGGGCGACCCAGUGGUGGCCCCUCCCUCUCUCUUGCACUGCGAACCAGCCGCAUGACAGCCCCUUGCUGGCCUCAGCAGCAGCGUUGGGCUGCCUCGUGUACCUUGUCUUGCAUGUUAUGUUUUGCAGCCGCAUUGCGACACACAGACUGCCGUGUGCCCUGUCUUGUCGUGUACCGGUAAUAGCUACUGCAGCAGAGAGUGGUCCUCAUAACAGCAGAGGGCGAGAGCUUGCUUGCAACGCAUUGUAAGCGAUGUGCGUUGAGAGGAGGGCUUUAUGAAAUGCAUAAUUAGUUCAUUACGUGAGGGAGCGUCCACUUGUGAGGCCGUAGGCGCUGCGAACGCAUCUGUGACGGAUUUACUAUAGAGCGUAGGGUGGGCGGCGUCGCGUCAGGAGAGGCAGUUAUCACCGUAUACGGUUUAUUCAUUUCUUUCAUUGUGUCCAGUUCAGUUGUUUUGCACCGGACGGAUACAGGGAGAUCAGGGGAACACUGCACGCUCGCAAUCAAUGUUGCGCGACCGCUGACCCAUGGGUCACUAGGCCCGGGUUAGUUCCAGUGCAGACUUUAAUUAAGCUGUCUUAGCCCUGUCGGUAUGUCUUUUAAACACUCUUUUGAACACCGCAUAGUUAUUGGAUACAUCUGCUUGGCUAGAACCUAAGGAGAUGUAUGGCUGUGUUCGGCGCUCUGUCAACGGCCGGGCGCAUCGAGGUCCGUCAGUUUGCGUUUCAUUUAACAUUUGG